AUGCCGCGCCUGGCCCGGGCCGUCGCGGAGGGCCUGCUGUUCACGGACGCGCACAGCGCCGCGUCGACGUGCACGCCGUCGCGCGCGGCGCUCCUGACGGGCCGGGAGCCGCGGCGCACGAAGGUCCAGGGCGUGCUGCGGCCCAGCGGCUGCGGCGGCCUCGCGCCGUCGGAGGUCACCGUCGCCGAGGCGCUCCGCGGCGCGGGCUACGCGACGGCCUACGUGGGCAAGUGGCACCUCGGCGCC